AAAACGAAACCCUUGGUCAAAACAAAUUCCGUUUCCUAAUUAGAUGGGUUAAACACACGUCUAUGAGCCACCCAUUUCUUCUAUAUAUUCCCAUUUUGUAAGAAAGCAAAUUCACAAAUCUCUUUGUUCUAUAAUUAAACAAACACACAUAAGAAAAACAAAAACUAUGGCUCUCUCUGGUUCGCAAAAGAAGUUUUUUCUACUUGUUCUAGCCAUUGCAUGUCUCUCCUCUUCUUGUGCAGAGGCGUGGAGCUGGAGUUCGAGUAACGGCAACGGUUGGGGAUGGGGAUCUGAUGGCUCUAGCACCUCUACCUCAGGUCCUGGUUCAAACACUGGCGAUUCAAACUCUGGCGGUUCAAACCCAGGCGGUUCAAACUCUGGCGGUUCUAGCUCCCCUUGGGGAUCUUGGGGAUGGGGUUGGGGAUCUGACGGCUCUGGCAGUCCAGCCCCAUCCAAUGCUUAAUUUCUUUUAGGUGUGACUGGUGUGAUAAUAAAGAAAAAGAAUUCGAGUGAUUUUCAUAUCUAUUAUAAUGUAGAAGAAAACUGUCUACUAUAAGUGGGGCAGUUAGACAGUGUACUAUUUGUAACAUUACCCAAAACUUAUGAAAAAAUAUAUUAAAUGUUUUAGGUUAUAUACCGAUGGAUUCAAAAAGUUAGAAUUUGGUGAA